AUGGGUGAACCGUCCGUGGUCGUCGUACACAGCGACGGAGGCGAUCACAACACCGAUCAAAUUACCUCAACGAUCCAACGUGCCCUGCAAGAGAGAUCGAACCCCACUCCUGAACAGGAUGGCCCAUUGAAGCAGGUUCUUGCUCACCAAGAUAGCCUCUACCACUACAUCAGCUGGGAGGAUCCGCUUCGCACGCUGGGCACAUACCUGGGCUCCCUGGGCAUUCUGUUCGGGGCACACUACCUGCCUUUCACUCAAUGGGCGCUCAAGGCCGGAAUGACUACUCUCGGAGUCGUGUCCGUGACCGAGUUCGCCAGCCGGUCCUUCAGCUCCGAUUCUAUUUCCACCCGUCUUCGCCCCAAGAAAUACAAGACGGUGCCCGAGUCGACUCUCAACGCCACGCUGAAAGAUGUCCACGAUCUCAUCCAGUCGGGCGCGGUUCAAGCUCAGAAGAUCAUUUACGGCCAAGACCUUGAGAAGACUUUCGCCGCCUUCAUCGGGUUCGCUGCCAUCUACGGGCUGAUGCAGUUCCUCGCCCCAUUCUGGCUGGCCGUCCUGGCCUUGACCUCGGUCUUCAUCGCCCCUCUUGUCAACUCGCCUCAGGGCCGCAAGGUGGCCCACGAUGCCACUGCGCGUGCUCAAGAGAUCGCCAACACCACCGGAGAGAUGGGGAAGGAUCUCGCGCACACCGGCCAGGUCAAGGCCUCCGAGCUGUCUUCCAAGGCGCAGCAGGCCGCCCACGACGCCGGAAGGACGGUGUCGAACACGGCGCAGAACGGGAAGCAGACCGCCGCCGACGUGUCCGCGAGGGCCAGGGAUAACGCUUCCAACCUCUCCGGGGCUGCCGCCCAGGGUACAAAGAACGCCGGCGCGAAUGUCUCGAACGCGGCGCAGGGUGGUCAGCAGACCGCCGCCGACUUGUCGUCCAAGGCCCGUGACAACACGGCCGAUGCGUCUCGCUACGCCGGUGAGCAGGUCGGAGGCCUGCAGCAGGCGGGCGCGAACGCGCUCGAGAGUGCGCGGGGUUCCCUCGGAUCAGUCUUCGGCCAGGCCAAGCAGAACCUUGGCGGCGCUUCGGACGGGAACUACACGCACGAGUCUUCCCACAAUGUCUCGCACAGCGGAGACCGGGCAACCGGCGGGGACUACUCCCGGGGCCAGUCUGGCGUCAGCUCUGACGGAUCGGCGAGAAACACGCACGACUAUUCUCACAAUGUUUCGCACAGCGGAGACAGGAAUAACGAAGGGACGUACCCCCGGGGUCAAUCUGGAAUUAGCAACGACGGAUCAGUGAGCAAUGCGGCGCACUCGUCGCACAUCGUUGAGGCGCCCGUGAGGCUCUCUGCUGCUGACGAGGUAAACAGACGUGCGGUCUGA